AUGAAACUCGUGGACCUCAUGAUCGAAUUAGUAAUGCUGCUUCAGAUACUCGAAGACGGACUGCCAAUUGUACUCGUCGCUGUCUUUACUGUCAUCGUCGCUGCAAAUGCGGUUUGGUGUGCUUUAGUGAUGCUUCUUCCACUUAAACAAACAGUGCUGGUGGAGAACCUCAUUGAUCUAAUAUUCGACUUAUUGAUUGCAGUCGGAUAUCCCAUGAUCUUAGUAUGCUACUGCCUCUCGGCGUUCAAGUUCGAUCGUGCGAAAUUGAUGAUCAAUCAAGCGGUUUUCCCGCAAGGUUGGCUGGAGCAGUCUGCUAGUACCAUCGCCGAUCCCGUUCAAACUGUUGUGAUUUACAAGACCUUGAAUUCGCUACGUAUCUCCUCUAUAUUCAACUUCUUCACACGAAUGGGUAUCAACAUCACACUGUGGCUCAAAUGUCAACGUCUCAUGAACCUAAUGGAGAAUCCGCGAAGACAGAGCAGCAGCGUGUACCCCAGACAUUGUCGGCUGGCAGCAUCUUCUCUCGUGGCCUUCGCAAUAUUCGUGAUCAUUUACGUAGAAGAAAGCACGAGAACGUCAGCGGUAGCGUGUCAUCCGCACCCUGAGUGCGUCAUAAAUGCCCGGCUCUGGCUUAUGCUGGAUUCACUUACGCAAUGCCCGUGCUUAGCACUCAUCGAUAAUAGUAUCGCACCGAAAACGUAUUCUGAGUGGAUGGAUCCGAAAGAUAUUACUGCCAAGGUCGCGCAUUUGGCAACUAUGGGUCUUCUCCAGAUCGUUCAGCUCACCAAUCGCAAGCUUGAGGUGCUACCAGAAGAACUGCGAGGUUGCACUGAUAUGAGAUACCUGUAAGUUUUUUUGUGACUUCAAUUGGAACAUGCUGACCAUUUUUUACCCGUGUUUUGCCCUAAGAUCACUAGUGUACACCCACACACAAACUCUUCCAGUUUGGGCCAAGGAGCUCAAACAACUUGAAUACCUCCAUGUGGAAGGGAAAAUGACGAUUGGGCUAGUAAAACUUCCCGAUGACAUGUUUGACGAAAUGUCCUCACUUACAACUCUACAUCUCGGUUCAAAUUUGGCACUCACCCAACUACCAUCAUUUCACGGACUCACGAGUCUCGAGAUGCUUGUUGUAGCGGUUUCCUUGUCGCUACUGGAACUGCCUGCGUUUGAUAGUCUUUACAAGUUGGAACGGUUAAUCAUUGGCAUCAUGCCCCAGCUUGACAGCCUACCGGACUUCUUACCAAUUCACGAUUUAAAGUCUUUUGUCAUUAUGGACCGAGGGAUGUGGUGUUGCAAUGGUUUCCUAGGUGAAUGUGACCUUCAAAAUCCGUUGUGUGGCGUUCAUCCAGUCUGGGGAUCUCCAGCAGCUAGUUGCUUACCAGCCAACAGAACAGCGUCACGUGCCACGCUUGAUGCGAUUGCAAAGUUUUCCAAAAGUGUUUGUGGUGGAUUGCUCCGCCCUACUGACGAUCAACCUCCUCCAACUGAGGAAAGUAUGACAUCGUGUGGCGGGAUAUUAUAUCGUCAAUGUGAGCUUCCAGGUAUUCCGAAGGCGAUUUGCUACAACGCGAGGUUCAUGGGAACUGCAUGUACGCCCAGUAAAUACCCAAUUGAAAUGCGACGGCGUCAGAUAGCACAAGGUGUGGAUGAUCCAUGUACUCCAGUAUAUGAAGCAUGGCUUGGGUGCAAGUGAUACCGACAUUUGCUUCAUUAUGUAUGUGAGAAACUAUCAAUUCUCCAAGUAGCAAAUGGAUUUUGAGCAAUGCUUGCGCUACAGCCACUGCUUUCGCAUUACAACCAACCUUGCUUCCGGAUCAGGGAUCGACAGACGCACGUCGGCGAUCUCGUCAAUUUUGGCUCGAAUCUCUGGUGUUAGUUUGUCCACGAAGUUGAGGGAGUCGAGGUUUUCAUCCAGCUGCGCCACGCUAGAUGCACCAAGGAUAACAGUUGAGACGUGCUUGUUGGAAACACACCAUGCGAUUGCAAGUUGAGCAAGUGUGCAACCGACUUCCUUUGCUAUCGUUGUCAACUUGUCAGCUUUAGCGACCUUUGUCUCAAAGCCGUCGGCCACGUAGUUCAUGUACGACGAUAUCGACAGGCGGGAGCCCUGCAUUUAAACACGAAACGAUAAGAACGAGUAGGAAUUUCAAAUUCUUGGUGCAUUCCCAACUCCAGCUACUGCUUACCUCAGGAAUCCCCUUGCUGUACUUGCCAGUCAAGAUGCCGAAUGCAAGAGGGGACCACGUCGUAAGCCCAUAGCCAUAUGUCUAGCACCGCAUACACCAGCGCACACGUUAGUUAUAUGCAAGAAUUGAGCAGAUUUAAAAAAAUUGAAACAUCUAGCGCACCUCGUACAGAACAUUGUACUCGAACUCAACACGUGACCGCUCGAGGAUAUGAUAC